AUGGACGACGGUGAGCUUGAGUUCUCGAAUCAGGAAGCUUUUUCGAAUUCGAAUAUGCCUGAAUUGCCUCUCAGCAACUGUUCCAUGGAUUCUUUCUUCGAUGAGCUUCUCAAGGAUUCUCAUGCUUGUACUCACACUCACACUUGCAACCCUCCGGGACCAGAGAACACACACACUCACACAUGUCUCCACAUGCACACCAAGAUCCUCCCCGCGCAGAGCGAAGACAAACUCUCCACCGACGACACAUCUGAAUCUUCAGGGAAGAAGAGCAACAAGAGACCUUUGGGGAACAGAGAAGCGGUUAGGAAGUAUAGAGAGAAGAAGAAGGCUAAAGCGGCUUCGUUGGAGGACGAAGUGAUAAGGCUUAGAGCUGUGAAUAAUCAGCUUUUGAAGAGGUUGCAAGGUCAGGCUGCAUUGGAAGCUGAGGUCACGAGGCUAAAGUGUUUGCUUGUUGACAUAAGAGGAAGGAUUGAAGGAGAGAUUGGUUCGUUUCCUUAUCAGAAACCUGCGGCUCCUUUCUCGUAUAUGAUGCAUCCUUGCAAUAUGCCAUGCGAUGUUGAUAACUUGUACUGCCUUCAAAAUGGGAAUACUGGAGGAGAAGGUGUUUCGAUGAAUGAGCAAGGGGUCAAUGGUUGUGAGUUUGAUCAGCUACAGUGCUUAGGUAAUCAGAGUUUAGCUGACAAGGAGAUCCCUGACUGUAGUAAUGGAAAUGGAACAUUCAGUGUUGAUGCAUCCGGUGCUAGUAAGCGAAAAGGUGGGACUCGAGCAGCGAAAGCAGUUUGA